GGGGGAGGGGGAAAUGAGGCGCGCAGGCGGAAGCGGAAGCGGAGCCUUAAAAUGGCGUACCAGACCUUCCGGCAGGAGUACCUGCAGGUGCCGCCCGUUACCCGGGCCUACACCACCGCCUGCGUCCUCACCACUGCCGCCGUGCAAUUAGAACUAAUCACACCAUUUCAACUGUAUUUUAACCCCGAAUUAAUAUUUAAACACUUUCAAGUUUCUAAUAACAUUCAAAUGAAGGUAUGGCGGUUGAUUACAAACUACUUAUUCUUUGGGCCAGUUGGAUUUAAUUUUUUAUUUAAUAUGAUUUUUUUAUAUCGUUACUGCCGAAUGCUUGAGGAGGGGUCUUUCCGAGGUCGGACAGCAGACUUUGUAUUUAUGUUCCUUUUUGGUGGACUUUUAAUGACUCUUUUUGGCUUGUUUGUGAACUUGGUUUUCCUGGGUCAGGCCUUUACAAUAAUGCUCGUGUAUGUGUGGAGCCGCAGGAAUCCCUACGUCCGUAUGAACUUUUUUGGUCUUCUCAUCUUCCAGGCCCCAUUUCUGCCCUGGGUACUCAUGGGCUUUUCAUUGCUAUUGGGGAACUCCAUCAUUGUGGAUCUUUUGGGGAUCGCAGUUGGACACAUAUAUUUUUUCUUAGAGGAUAUCUUUCCUCAUCAGCCUGGUGGUGGACGGCUUCUGAAAACACCAUCUAUUUUGAAAGCAAUGUUUGAUACACCAGAAGAUGAUCCCAAUUACAAUCCGCUGCCCGAAGAGCGACCAGGAGGAUUUGCAUGGGGUGAAGGUCAGCGCCUCGGAGGCUAAUAAAUGGCUGUGCCAAUACCCAGACAUAACUGGAAGGAACUAAACUGAAGUACCAUAUUGGGAAUUCUCUUUCUCCUUGUUGCAGGAAGGACACUUUACAGCUUUAUGGUUCUGAAUACAAGAAGCACUUUAUGAUAUGGCAGUCUAACUAAUCCAAGACAUUUUCAGGAGACUACCAGUGUCUUUCUACACCAGGGGUUUUGUUGUAUUGGUACUGAAAGCAUAAUCUAGUGGAGCCAAAAAAAACCCCAACCCAGCUGGAAACCAUUUCCUGUUAACUUCAGUUAACAAGACCAUACGUACUCUUUUAAAAAUGUUUCUAAGGCAUUUUUUCCAAGUUAUUUGAUACAGGAAACUGUGUAUGGGAAACUUUGAGGGACAAAAUAAAACUUUGGCUUUAACUUUUUUCUCAUUGGAUAAAAAGGAGACGAGUGAGAUCUUUUAAAGUGAUUCCCUCUUCUUGUUGUCUAAGGCUGGUAUGAAGCAAAAUACAAUAAAUUUCCAAGCCUGUUUUCUUUUGAGUCAGACAGGAUUUUAAUUUUGGAUGGUGCCAAUUUUACCUUGCUAAUUCUAUGAAAGUAGACUGCUAUAGUUCUAGUACGAGCCCUAUUAUGAACCUAGCUUGCAGGCUGAGAAUACAUCUUGAUCCAGAUUAUUUUGAACUACAUAUAUGCAAAUAGCCAGGUAUGAAUCUCACUGAGAUGCUUAUACAUGCAGUAGAAAAUGCAAAUAUGCAUGUAUAGUUCUGAAAAAUCUAGCUCUUUUUUUUCCCAAAGUGUUCAGCAAAUUAUUCAGAAUGCUGUGAAAGAUUUUCCCAUAUAAUUUAGACUAGUAGCUCUUAGACUGGGAUACUCAUAGCUCUGAGAUAGUGAGUGAAUAAAAUAAAAUGUCUUGUGACUGCUUGUUA